AUGCCGACGGCGACGACGCGCGCGAGCGGCGCGAGCGUCGCGGCGCGCGCGCAGCGGACGACGACGACGACGACGACGGCGGCGGGGACGCGAUGGGGACGGACGGGCGGGAGCCAGCGACGGGGGCGCGCGGCGACGGCGCGCGCGCGCGCGGUGGGGACGGGAACGCCGAGCGUGUGCCCGGGGUGCGGGGUCGGGCUGCAGCGCGAGGACGCGAACGCGCCGGGGUACUACGUGACGCCGAGACGCGCGCUGGAGGCGGCGGCGGCGGCGGAAGAGAGGAACGACGAGGACGACGCGGAGGAAGCGAGCGAGGCGUUCGAGUUCGAGGACGGCGACGACGAUGUGGACGACGACGCGAUCGACGAGACGUACGUGCCGCCGGGGUUCGAGUUGAUGGAUGAAGAAAACGUGAGCGGGUUGGACGCCGAGGAGGCGGCGGCGCGGUUGGACGCGUUGAAUUCUUUGUUUGACGACGACGAGGACGACGAGGCGACGAAACGACGGGCGAAGAAAAAGCGUGGACCGCCGACGGUGGUGUGCGCGCGGUGCUUCGCGCUGCGAACGAGCGGACGGGUGAAGAACGCGGCGGCGGAGGUACUGUUGCCGUCGUUCGAUUUCGCGCGCGUCGUCGGCGAUAGUUUCGAGCGGUUGACGGGCGAAGGCCGCGCCGUGGUUUUACUCAUGGUCGAUUUACUGGAUUUCGACGGAUCGUUUCCGGUGGAUGCCAUCGACGUCAUCGAGCCGUACGUGGAGAAGGGCGUGGUGGACGUCUUGCUCGUGGCGAACAAGGUGGACUUGAUGCCCACGCAGUGCACGCGCACGCGCUUGACUUCGUUCGUGCGACGGCGGUCGAAGGAUUUCGGGCUUUCGCGAUGCGCGGGCGUGCACUUGGUGAGCGCCAAAGCGGGGAUGGGGGUGGCGAUUUUGGCGCAACAGCUCGAAGACAUGCUCGAUCGAGGGAAAGAGGUGUACGUCGUCGGCGCGCAAAACGCGGGUAAGAGUUCGUUGAUCAACCGCUUGAGUCAAAGGUACGGCGGCCCGGGUGAAGAAGACGGAGGCCCGAUCGCGAGUCCGCUUCCUGGGACGACGCUCGGGAUGGUGAAGCUCCCGGCGCUGUUGCCGAACAGUUCAGACGUCUACGACACGCCCGGAUUGUUGCAACCGUUUCAACUCUCUUCGCGAUUGAACGGCGAUGAGAUGAAGGUCGUUUUACCGAACAAGCGUGUCACGCCGCGCACGUAUCGCAUCGAAGUCGGUGGCACGAUUCACAUAGGUGGUUUAGCGCGCAUCGACGUCUUGGAAUCGCCGCAACGCACGCUAUACCUCACCGUGUGGGCGUCGAACAAGGUCGCCACGCACUACGCGCGCACGACAAAGGGAGCGGACACGUUUCUCGAGAAGCACGGAGGGACGAAGAUGACGCCUCCGAUCGGAGAGGCUCGCAUGAGACAGUUUGGCGCGUGGGGGUCACGCGUCGUGAACAUCUAUGGCGAAGACUGGCAAGCGUCGACGCGAGACAUCUCCAUCGCCGGGCUCUGUUGGAUCGGCGUUGGGUGCAAUGGGAACGCUUCGUUCAAGAUUUGGACGCACGAGGGCGUGCAAGUCGUCACUCGCGAAGCGUUAGUUCCCGACAUGGCCAAGAGUUUAAUGUCGCCCGGUUUUUCCUUUGAAAACGUCGGCGGCGAUUCGUCAAACAAGCGUCCGAACGAUCGCGCGAAUCGGCAACGCGGUCGAGGCGGCGGCGGCGGCGGCGGCGGUCGAGGCGGUCGAGGCGGUCGAGGCGGUCGAGGCGGUCGAUCGCGGUCGUCAUAGCGGUCAAUCAAUAAAAGU